AAGGAGAAGGUGUGGCUGGCUUUUGAUUUACUUAAGAACUCAGCUUUUUGCUAUCAAUUAUCUACUGAGACCCAGAGAACUGAUAAAAUCACGUCAAAGAGAAGAGGGUGGAGAGAGGAGGAGGGGGAAGAGCUUAAUUGGGCCACAGGAAGACAGGAAGCAGUCAUUUACUUAUAAAAGAAGUCGGCAUUCAUUCAGCGGCUGCCUUUGUCUUCUUCCAAGCCUGCCUGAAAAUGUCAUACUUCGGCCUGGAGACUUUCAACGAGAACCAAUCUGAGGAAAACUUGGAUGAAGAAAGUGUGAUUUUAACGCUGGUCCCCUUUAAGGAGGAGGAGGAGCCAAACACAGACUACGCUACGCAAUCAAAUGUUUCUUCUUCAACCUUAGACCACACACCACCAGCCCGUUCUCUGGUGAGGCAUGCUGGAAUCAAACACCCAACCAGAACCAUACCAAGCACCUGUCCUCCGCCCAGCCUGCCUCCUAUUAGGGACGUGUCCCGGAACACUCUUCGGGAGUGGUGUCGGUAUCAUAACUUGAGUACGGAUGGCAAGAAAGUUGAGGUCUAUUUGAGACUUCGGAGACACUCCUAUUCUAAACAAGAAUGUUAUAUUCCCAAUACAUCUCGGGAGGCCAGAAUGAAGCAGGGUCCCAAGAAAUCCAAGAUAGUCUUCAGAGGAAUCGGGCCUCCAAGCGGGUGCCAAAGGAAAAAGGAGGAGAGUGGUGUCCUGGAAAUUCUAACUUCACCUAAGGAGUCCACAUUUGCAGCCUGGGCAAGGAUUGCCAUGAGAGCAGCUCAGUCAAUGUCUAAGAAUCGAUGUCCUCUUCCGUCUAAUGUGGAGGCCUUUCUGCCACAAGCCACUGGAUCCAGAUGGUGUGUUGUCCAUGGCAGGCAGCUCCCUGCAGAUAAGAAAGGUUGGGUUCGCCUGCAAUUUCUUGCUGGACAGACCUGGGUUCCAGACACUCCCCAAAGGAUGAAUUUUCUCUUCCUGUUACCGGCCUGUAUUAUCCCAGAACCAGGAGUGGAAGAUAAUUUGCUAUGUCCUGAAUGUGUUCACAGCAACAAGAAGAUCCUAAGAAACUUUAAAAUUAGAAGCCGUGCAAAGAAAAAUGCCCUACCCCCAAAUAUGCCGCCGUAGACAAGAUUUUACUCUGAUCUAAAGGGAAUGGAAGAAUAUUCUGUGAUCCCUAUAAUGGCUAAAAACAAACAAAACAAAACAAACAAACAAAAACCUGGCUGUCAGUCAUCAGAAGCCCCUCCUCCUGUCUCCCAGCAGAGUGGAGACUCUGUUGACAAAUCAGCAUCCAUCUCUCUAACAACAGCCCGUUGCAUUUUAACAUCUCUGACUGACAGCUCCUCAUGGCCUCGUGCUGGAUUUGCAUCACUCUAACAACACCUCGCUGUAUCUUAACAUCUCUGACAGCUCCUCAUGGCCUCGUGCUGGAUUGGCUAAAUGCUUAGCUACCUGAGAAAUGAUUCGGUUUUACUGGGUUUGUUUUGCUGUACUUUUUUUAUAUAAAUUUUUUUUUGGAGGGGGGAGAUGGGGAGCAGUUUCAAAUUAGCAAAGCAGAAAGUACUUUUUUUAAAAAUAUAUAUAAUUUUUUUUGAGUAUGGCUUUAUCAUGUAGCAACUCCAGUGGACCUGGAAAUUCUAGGUAGACCAGACACGUGUUGGGUUUUACAUGCCUGUACAAUACCACUUAGCCAGUACUGAUGUAUGUUUGACUAGUAUAGAGUUCAUUGCUUGUGCUAAACAACCUGGGUGUUGACAAGUGUUUAUAGAGUGCCAUACAUUUGAAAUCAUAUAGUAUGCUACCGUUCAGAUUGGCUUUUACCUAGCAAUAUGCCUGUGAGAAAUAUCCAUGUCCUCGAUUGAUUUUUCUUAAUGUUGAGAUUCCAUUGUCCAAGAUGUGCCUUAUGAAUUGAUGCUAUUACAUAUGG